AUGGAGGCUCUUUUGCAACAGUCUCGCUCUAUGUGCCCUUUCCUUAAGCGGACUUCGCCUACCACCUUGCGCACGCUCUCAACCGCUACUCGUCCGAGCAGCAGCCCUGGAGGUGGCACUAUGUCCAAUCUCCAAGUCCUGGGCCGCCGAUGCCCGGUCAUGAGCAAAGCUCUCGCUGUCCAGAGCGCCCGCCUUCACGGUACCAAGCGCUUCACCUCUUCCGCCGCUGGAAUUGCUGGCAUGCAGCCUCUGCGCGCACCGACUGGCAAGCGAGCAUUGCACACUACCGGAGGUCAUCCCGCCAGUUUGGCUUCGGGGGGAUACGAGAAGAAUGAGCGAGGACGCCCUGGUCUGAACAACCCGAUUCGCUCGCCCCCUGCCGCCGCCGAGGCCGCGGUCCGCGGUCCCCGCCCUGAAGCACCUACUAGCGGUCGUUAUAACUACAAUAACUUCUAUAACACCGAGUUGGACAAGAAGCACAAGGACAAGUCCUAUCGGUACUUCAACAACAUCAAUCGUCUCGCCCAGGAGUUCCCUCGGGCCCACACUGCUUCUGCCGAGGAACGUGUGACUGUCUGGUGUUCAAAUGACUACCUCGGCAUGGGCCGCAACCCGCAUGUCUUGAACUCGAUGCACAAGACCCUCGACACCUAUGGUGCAGGCGCAGGCGGCACCCGUAACAUCUCGGGUCACAACCAGCAUGCUGUCGCACUGGAGGACACGCUCGCCAAGUUACACGGAAAGGAGGCUGCUUUGGUAUUCAGCUCUUGCUUUGUUGCUAACGAUGCCACCCUCGCUACUCUCGGUAGUAAGAUGCCCGACUGUGUUAUUCUUUCUGACAGUCUCAACCAUGCAUCCAUGAUCCAGGGUAUCCGCCACUCUGGCGCUAAGAAGAUGGUUUUCAAGCAUAAUGACUUGGAGGAUCUCGAAGCCAAGUUGGCAUCAUUGCCACUACACACCCCCAAGAUCAUCGCUUUUGAAUCCGUCUACAGCAUGUGUGGAUCCAUUGCACCUAUUGAGGAGAUCUGUGAUCUCGCCGAGAAGUACGGCGCCAUCACUUUCCUGGAUGAAGUCCAUGCCGUUGGGAUGUAUGGUCCUCACGGAGCUGGAGUUGCGGAGCAUCUCGAUUACGAUGCCUACGCAUCCCAGGAUACCACUUCUCCUCAAAGUACCAAGGGCACAGUCCAGGACCGUAUUGAUAUUAUUACCGGUACCUUGGGCAAGGCCUACGGCUGUGUCGGUGGAUACAUUGCGGGCUCGGCAGCCAUGGUUGAUACCAUCCGCUCCCUCGCCCCGGGAUUCAUCUUCACCACUUCUCUCCCACCCGCAACCAUGGCCGGCGCCGAUACUGCUAUCCAGUACCAAUCCCACCAACCCCGUGACCGUGUUCUGCAGCAACUGCAUACCCGCGCAGUGAAAACGGCUCUUAAGGAUCUGGAUAUUCCUGUGAUUCCCAAUCCAUCCCACAUUGUCCCUCUCCUUGUCGGUGACGCCGAGCUUGCCAAGCAGGCCUCCGAUAAGCUUCUCGAGGAGCACGGCAUCUACGUGCAGGCAAUCAACUACCCCACCGUUCCUCGCGGUGAGGAGCGUCUGCGCAUCACCCCUACUCCAGGCCACGUCAAGCCCCUGCGCGAGCACCUGGUCCAGGCUGUUCAGGCUGUUUGGAAUGACCUUGGUCUCAAGCGUGCUAGUGACUGGCAGGCUCAGGGUGGAUUUGUCGGUGUUGGCGUCGAAGGCGCCGAAGAAGCCAACCAGCCCAUCUGGGAGGACGCUCAGCUGGGUCUGCAGGCUGGCGAGUCUGUCGAGGCUGCUGUUACUCGUGAGUUUACCGAGGCAGCUGCCCAGGUCACUCAGCCUCUUUUGAAGACCGCUACCCCUCUGACCGAGAAGGCCCACUCGGCGAUGUCCUCCAUCUCUAUUGGAGUAGUCGCCUAA